CAGACCCAGGAAAUAACCGCUACAAGAAUAUAUUUUCAUCUCUCUGAGUCAGGACUCCACGGGGGAGAGAGAUUUUUGGAUUUUUCGAUUCCCGAAUUCUCUGGUGCGAGUCGCAAAACAUUUCUCAUAAGCAAAUCAGAGAUCAGAUUCCACAUGAAAUUCAAUCUGUAGAAGAUGCACAGUGCACCUUGUAUUCAGUCUCCCCCAUCAUGAUUUGUCAUGCUAAGUUAAUGAAGUUAUGGUGACCAAAUACAUGUGCUAGUUUUGGGAUUCAUUGCAUGUUACAUACUUCACCUGAGCCAUUUAAUGAUCCUUUAUGUUGCAAACAAAGUGAGCUAGAACCAAAUUGUCAUCGUGCUGGGAAGUUUUGGUUUCUAUAUAUAUAUACAUCAUAGUGAAAAUGGAUGCGAAAGCUUUAGCGAAAUCGAAGAGAGCUCAUUCUCAACACCUCAGUAAGAAGCAUAAUCCAACUCAUACACCCAAAGUGACAUCUGGUGGGGCUGUUGGAACCGGAAGUGCAAAUAAGCCAUUGGGAAAGCAAGUUAGAGGCAAAUCCUCCCGACAGUCUCAGGGUUCUAGUGCACUACCCUCAAAUUGGGAUCGUUAUGAGGAAGAGUAUGAGUUGGGUUCAGAAGGUCAAUCCAGUGAUAGCAUGAGUCAAGCAACUGACAUUAUUGUGCCAAAGAGUAAAGGGGCAGACUUUGCUUACCUGAUUUCUGAAGCUAAGUCUCAAUCUCAAACAAAUAUCACUUUAGAGAGCUUUCCAUCACUCGAUGAUGUUCUAACUGACUUCAACCAGGGAGUAGAGUCUCUGCUUUCUGUCAAGGGACAAAGCCUUCUGUCAUGGAUGGGAGAUGAUAAUUUUAUUGUAGAAGAUAGAGCAACUGCAACUCAUGAGGCGUCAUUUCUCUCCCUGAAUCUGCACUCUCUCGCCGAACAACUUGCAAAAGUAGAUCUAUCACAAAGGCUUUUCAUUGAAGCAGAUUUAUUACCUCCAGAGCUGUGUUCUGAGUUACAAGAAAGCAACACUCAGGAAUCUGACCAGGAUCAAGCAACAUAUGGAAGUGAAGCGGUUAAGAAAGAUUAUGGGGAACCAACCUCUCAUGGUCUUUCACAAGGGGAUAAGAAUGUGCAUCAAUAUGAGGUUUCGUCAUCUCAGACCACCAUUACAAUUACCAGCACCAGCAGAAUCCAUCCAGUUCCAAUCUCUGCUAAUAAAGGGUCAAAGUUCACGAAUCAAGUCAAGGAUGAUCUCCAGCAAUUUGAUGGAACUGGUAAAAGCACCAAACAGGAGUCUGUUACAAAAGUCAACGUGAAUUCUGAUGCAAACCCAAAGAAUCAACAAUCUCGGUUUGAGGCAGCAGAUGCAGAAGCAGAACUGGACAUGCUUCUUGACUCAUUUAAUGAAACAAAGUUAUUUGAUUCCUCUGGCUUCCCAGGGAAGUCUGGUUACACAUCUGAUGUGCCACUAGAAGGAACUUCCACUUCAUUGUUAGUCGGAAGUUCAUCUGUUCAUUUGGCUUCUGUUGAACCUUUGAAGCAAGGCUCAGAUUUAUCAAAAUCUGCAUUAGUGACCAACGACCUUGACGGUGCCAUUGAUGACCUAGUCAAUAUAACAUCAAAUCUGAAGAACCAAAAUGGUGCACCACGUUCCCAUGAGGUAAUGGCUGCCUCUAUUGAUAUAAAAUCUUCUGCUGCUGCUGCUGUUUCCAAAUCCAAUGUAUUAGAUGAUUUUGAUUCAUGGUUAGAUACAAUUUAAUUGUCAGUAAGCUAAAGAAUUUUGGCCAAGAAACUAAAUGUGUUGUGCUUCAACUUGUAUAAGUAGGUGAAAGAAUAGUGUUGCGAAGGAAAUAUUACUUUUAAUGUGGCUUCCUGUGAUUUUUAUUAAA